AAAUAAUGUAACUUUCUCGCAUUUAAAGUCAAUUUCUAAUAUAUUAAAGCGUUAAAUAAUUAAUUGAAAAUAAAAAAUGAAAAAUAAAAAUAAAAAAGCAUUGAAUGUUAAAUAAAUAAAACUUGUAUUUGUUAAUAAAUAAAAUCUGCCGACAAUUUUCGAUAAUGCGGACGAUUUGUCGUGGUAAUGCGGACGCGUCGUAACGCGUGCACCAAGAAAGCCGCCACUGAACGUCGUGCUAAAAAACUCAUUGAAAUAUUAAGUUGUACGUUUGAAUAUAAAAAUGGAAACAAUGUCUAACCCUUAUCCAAAAAAAAUGCACGAUACUUAUGAGGAUGAGGAAGAGAGAAAACAUUUUCAACGUAUUGUCUCGGCUUUCAAAUAUUACAAAAAUCAUUCAUUAUUAAGGGUUAAGAAAACAGAAUCCUAUUUGCUAUCACUUCCAGCUCAUCAUCAGAAACUGUUAUCGAAGUAUAAAGAACAUCUACAAGAAGUUAAAAGGUGUAUUGAAAAUAAUGAUGAGAUAAUCAAACUUAUCAUAAAAGAUGUAGCACAUAUUUUUGAAAAUGUGAGCCCAGCUACUGCACAGACUGACAGUGUAAGAAAAGUUCACCUGACAUUAAAUCCUCGUCCAGUAAUGGCUGAUCAAGAAAAGGUCCAAGCUACAAUUAAACAACUGGUUCGUGAUUGGAGUGUGGAAGGUGCUGAAGAACGAAUGGCUUGUUAUCAACCUGUUAUAGAUGAAAUUAUGAAUCAAUUCCCUUACCUGGAGCAGGUUUAGGAAGAUUAGCUUAUGAAAUUGCGAGACGUGGAUAUACUUGCCAAGGAAAUGAAUUUUCCCUUUUCAUGCUAUUUGCAUCUCAUUUUGUAUUAAAUAAAUGUAGGGGAGUAAAUUCAUACCAAGUACAUCCGUGGGUACAUCAGUAUAUGAAUAAUUUAAAACCUGAACAUCAAACUCAAGCUGUGUUCUUCCCAGAUGUAAACCCUAGUGAUCUUCCAGAAAAUGCACAGUUCUCUAUGGCGGCUGGAGAUUUUCUGGAGGUGUAUACAGAAGACAAUCACUGGGAUUGCAUUGCCACGUGUUUUUUCAUAGAUUGUGCAAAUAAUAUUGUACAAUUUAUUGAGACUAUCUACAAAAUUUUAAAACCUGGAGGUAUAUGGAUAAACCUUGGACCACUAUUAUAUCAUUUUAGUGAUAUGCCAAUGGAAGAUUCGAUAGAACCAAGUUAUGAUGUAGUUCGUGAUGUGAUUCAAGGUUUUGGAUUUCAAUUAGAGAAGGAGGAAACGCGUGUAAAAACACGAUAUGCACAAAACAUUAAUAGUAUGUUGCAAUGUGAAUAUAACAGCGUAUAUUUCGUUUGUCGAAAACCUAAAAGACACAUAGAUAAUAAUAUAAAUCAUAGAAAUGGUACUGAAAGUAAUGGUAUGCAAGAACAAGAAAACUCAUCAAAUUGAUGACUUCCUGUAUUUCACUUGUAAGAAAAAUUGAUAUAAUUGUAAAUGCGUUACAUAAUAGGUUCAUUACUACAAAAACAAAGCUGUUAUACUUUAUGAAUCAAGUCAAUAUUAGGUAAUUUGAAUCUAAAAAAAAUAAAAAAAAUCUUUAAAUAUUGUUAAAAGUUAAGCUAAUAUUUUUUUAUCUAGGAUUUUAUUUCACUAUAUGUAACUACUAAAUAUUAACAGCUCUGUUGUUAACAUAAUGGAUAAUAAAAAUUGCGCAGUUAUUUUUUUAAAUACCGACAAAAAUUGAUUCAAGUUCAAAAUGAUUCUUUAACAAUUUUGCAAUUUUUCUUUUUCUUUCAGUUUUGAUAUUUGUAAUUUAGUAUAUUAUUAAUGUUUAUUGUUUAAAAUAUUUAUCAUAUACCGUGAUGAUACAAAAUAAAAGAAGCUUGAUUUGGUUGCAUAUAUAUACUAUGCAAUAUUCUUUUUUAACUGGUUUGAAGACAAAUUUUAUUUUAAUUAUUAAAUUUAUCUUACAAACCAAUGUUGCCUUGUAUAAUUUUGUGAGUUACAUUAAUAUGAUAAAAAGUGCAAUUCUAUAAUUUGGGUGUUUCUUAUUAUAGUGUUCAUUAUUUCUUCUAUUUCUUGAAAGAUAUAUUCAAGUCACACAAAUAUCAUUUGCUUCAAAAUUGUUUAUAUUAACAAAAUGAGUAGUUAAUAACAUUUGAAAUUCAAAUAUGCAGGCUACAAUUAUUAUAAAGUGAGCCUAAUGAUGUAAUUUUUUUAUUAAAAAUACGUUUUUGAAAAUUUGAUCAAUAAAUUUUUGUCUUAUAUAAAAUAAUUUUAUUUCAAAAUAUCUUUAGUACAAAAAUAUGUUAAUUAAUGAUAAAAUACGCUAAUAUUUUGCCUAUUUAUAAACUUUUAUUAAGAUAUUGUACAAAUAAUGAUGCAAUUUGAUUAAUUUCAAUUUGUUGCAUUUUACUAUAAGUUAAAAAUUGUCUUCGUAACCUCAUGAGCUGUGCUGCAGUACAUGAGUUUUGUACUGUUAAAUUACAACCUGGUAUUUUAAAUUCAUUUUUAAUACCCAAUUGCUUAGCUGAUAAUAUCGCCUUCAUCAAAAAAAAAGAUAUAGUAAAUGAAAAUGUGUUAUAAUCUGUUAUAAUAAUGUUUAUGUUGUUUAAUCUCAUAUUAUUUACUACAAAUUUUAUUAUACUUGGUUAUUAAGUGAAAAUUUUUGAAUAACUUACGUUAAUUAUUUCUUGAGUUAUUGUAUCCAAUUCAUAUAAAUAAUUAGUCGAUGAUAAUGGUGGCUGAAAUAUGAUAUAAUUAAUCAAAUUGAUAAUUUAAUUUAAUUAUCUUAAUUUAAUUCAAUUCAUGCACCAAUACUAACACACUGUGUACUUAAAUUUGGUUUUGGUGCUUUUACUUCAUACAACAAUUUAUAAAUUUCAUCGAAUUUUAAUUCAUCCUCUGCUGAUAUGGCAAAUAAUGGUACGUCCCAACGAUUUUUGCUGUCUGGUAUUUCAUACCUCAUUACAAGUGCAUCAAAAAUUUCUCUAUUAUAUUUUUCAUACUCUGAUCUUCUUUUAUUCCACAACCAAGCAUGUUCAAUCGGUAUAUCACAGAAUAUUGUACACUGUGCAGUUUUAUAUAAUUUUGUUAUGCAAUAAAUUUCAUAGCGAUAUCCUUUAAUAUAAUUACUACCAUCAAUAAUUAAUAUAUCAUUUGUAUUUAACAUUCGUUGAGCCAUUGACUUUAUGUCACUUCUCACACUCUUUUCGCUUUUAGAAUCUACAAAAAAUUUAUUUUUAUCAAAACCUCUUUUAGUCACAACAUCAAUUUCAUUUAUAACUUCUACAUUUUUUCCUUUAUUUACAAAAUAUUCUUUUAAUUCGGAAGUGCGUGUUGUUUUACCACUGCAUGGUAUACCGGUAAUAAUAAUAAGUGGCAUUGUAAAACUUCUUUUUUAAUAUAAAUCGAUAUUUUAGUAUUUCUAAUGAUAUUUCUAAAUACAGUCUUGCGAUACAUUUACAUGUGUAAUAAAAUAAAACAAAAUUGUAAUAAUAUAUACGAAUUUGUAAUGAAAUUAUAUAAAAACAUACAACAAAAAUAGAAAAACAUAUAAUAUUACGCAAAUAUUAUAAACAUAUAAUAAACAUGUAUAUAGUUAGUAUUCACAGAUUAACAGAUUUAAUAUUAUGCUACUGCGUGAACUUGUCUUUAAUAUAAUCGCGUGAAUUUAGCUUCGAUAGAUCUGAAUAAAUCAGGCGCGAAAUUUGAAUUAGCC